UUUCACAACAUAAGCCCUGUGUCCCUCCUCAAAGCGCUUUUGCAAUGGAAAGAGUUUUGGAUGAGACGCUGCUCUCUGCCAACCUGCCGGCUUGCUUCAUCCCAAGAUGUUUUUCAUUUGAAUAGAAAAAGAAUGUAAAAAUGAUAGAGUAAAAAUCUGCUGGUUUUGGUUAAAUACAUGCAGCAAUGUCCUCUGAACCCUGUCCAACCAUUCAGACAAUCUCAUCUGCUCAUGUACUGGCCAUCAUCCACACUACUUUAUCAGUGUUCCAGUUAAGGGGCGGUCUGCGCUCCGAUUGGUCGAGCGCUGAGGUGUGUCUGGGGGUGUGUCCGUGCGUCUGCAUGAUCAUCUGUGCGUCAUGACGCCGUUUCCGGGCGGCGCGAGACCUGCAGCUGCAGUUUGACAGCAGUGGAGGUGCGCGACGAGACUCAGCGGAGGUUAUGUGUUUAUAUAAAUGAUAUAAAUGAUAUUAUGCUGCAGUGAUCGCGCUGACAGCACCGCCAUCGGCUCACUGACGCCUCGAGACGCGAUGUUUGACGAGCACUGGCUGCUGCAGCUAAAGGCUGAUGUGUGAUUCGUGCUCUGCCCCUGUCCGCCAACAUGGUAGACAUGGAGAACCACUACAGCGCCCCGUCGCCACUGAACAACUCAGCGCUGGACAGCCCCUUGUGCAGGGACUUCAUCGGGGGAAUGGAAGACCUUCAGGACAUCUCCCAGUCCAUCGAUGAAGACGCUCUCAGCAGCUUCGAGGUGACCGAGAACCAGUCGUCGGGUCUGGGCUCCGGAUCGGAGAGCUCCACUGCGUUAGAUGCACUGACUCCUGCGUCCAGCCCGUCAUCAUGUGUGUACGGUGGCCCGGCGGGACAGGAAGAGUUCACCUCCACCUCCCUGAACCUGGAGUGCCGCGUGUGCUCGGACCGCGCGUCAGGAUACCACUAUGGAGUUCAUGCAUGUGAGGGCUGCAAGGGUUUCUUCCGCCGGACCAUUCGCCUCAAACUGGAGUACGACAAGUGUGAACGCCGCUGUAAGAUCCAAAAGAGGAACCGAAACAAGUGCCAAUAUUGUCGCUUUCAGAAGUGCCUGUCUGUGGGCAUGUCCCACAAUGCCAUCCGCUUUGGGCGAAUGCCACAGUCGGAGAAGCUGAGGUUGAAGGCGGAGAUCCUAACAGGAGAACGAGAGGUCGAGGACCCGCAGCUGGCCGAUCAGAAAACCCUGGCUAAGCAGAUCUACGAGGCCUACAUGAAGAACUUCAACAUGAACAAAUGCAAAGCACGGACCAUCCUGACGGGCAAGACGAGCACGCCGCCUUUUGUGAUCCACGACAUGGAGACGCUGCAGUUGGCCGAACAGACUUUCGUGGCCAAGAUGGUGGGCUCUUCUGGAGGGCUGCUGAAUAAGGACGCUGAGGUUCGGAUAUUUCAUUGCUGCCAGUGCACCUCGGUUGAGACGGUGACUGAGCUGACGGAGUUCGCCAAGUCCGUGCCAGGCUUCUCAAACCUGGACUUAAAUGACCAGGUGACGUUACUAAAGUACGGUGUCCAUGAGGCUCUCUUUGCCAUGUUGGCAUCAUGCAUGAAUAAAGAUGGUCUGCUGGUCGCAUACGGCAGUGGCUUCAUCACCAGAGAGUUUCUGAAGAGCUUACGACGGCCGUUCAGCGAGAUGAUGGAGCCCAAGUUUCAGUUUGCGAUGAAGUUUAACUCUCUCGAACUGGACGAUAGUGACCUCGCACUGUUUGUUGCUGCCAUCAUCUGCUGUGGAGAUCGGCCAGGGCUGGUGAACGUCCCGCACAUCGAGCGAAUGCAGGAGAACAUCGUUAACGUGCUUCAUCUGCAUCUUAAGAGCAACCACCCGGAUCACGGUUUCCUCUUCCCCAAACUCCUCCAGAAACUAGUGGACCUGCGGCAGCUGGUGACGGAGCACGCUCAGUUAGUGCAGGAAAUCAAAAAGACGGAAGACACUUCGCUGCAUCCCUUACUGCAGGAGAUUUACAGAGACAUGUACUGAGUCGGGUUUCUCAAGACGGCUCGUUCGUCCAGCUGACUUCUAGAUGAGCACGGAGAGGGCCGUUUCUCUCAGGGGCCCUCGUCUACCACUAUUUCCGGGAUUUCUGGAUGAAAACAGCAUCGGUUAGAUGCGCAGAAAGGGCUCUUCAUUAUUGUUGAGUUAAACAAUGGUUUCGGCGGUUGUUGAUUUAAAGAGAAAAUCAACGCAAUGCCAACUAAAAUGCAUCCUGUGGUUUUAGGAACUUUUUUGGGGAAAUUUUAUAAACGCUUACUGGUCUCUCAGGCCAGAAACUGUGAAUAGAAACCCUAAAAUCCAACUUAUUCAUACAGCAAUAUCCGUUUUUUUAUACAGUUACUUUUUUGAAUAGUGUACACUUCAGUAAAACCACCCAAGUGACUUCCAACUACCGUAACUAGUGAAACUGACCGUUUUGUAACGCAGUAGGGACUUUGCUUCAUGAUUAACGCCGUUUCUUUUGAUCAUGCUAACAUUAAGCACCGAGCGAAUGAAAAUACGACUCUAUCUUGAACAGUUUCCAGCCUUUGAAUUCCAUCAUUUACAAAUGUCCAGUGCUGCGGUAAAACUUGACAUUUGUAGACGAUCAUGAAUUAUUUAUUGCUUUAUUGGUUCACGCCUGACUACAACACAAUAUUACGUUUCAGUUUGACCAGUGAAGACACUUAGACAUCUCCAAGCAUCCAUCAGUGCAGCUUACAAGUUUCUAGAUGCCCAAAUACAAAGCAGAUCAAUACCUCACGACCGAUGCCUUCUGACAGAGCACACGUGCUCCACCCAACAGGUAGUGCAGUUUUACUGUAAUCUAGUGUUUCAAGGGCUGAAAGAAAUGACAAAUGAGGCCCGUUACAGCAUUCAUACUUCAAACAUCAGCAAUACUGCGAGUUUUGGCACUGACUGUGUUUUUGCAGCAUGUCGAUUUAUUGCAAUGUUGAUUUUAAUGAAGCAACAUGCAAUAUUCAAGUGAAUUUCACACCAAUUCUUUGAACAUGGUUGCAUUUUAAAUGCAGUGAUGGACAUUUUUGAUUCUGUGUAGAUUAAUUACCAUUGGCAUGUGAAUGUGACGUCCCUACUCAGGUAAAUUAGAUGUAAUGACUAUAAAGUUUGUGAUAGUUCUCAAAGGGCCCAUAGCUGAUAACUGUUUUAUAAUAUAUGGCCGUUUUCAAAGGAAACACUCAAUGCAGUAACCCAGAAAUCACUUUAUUUUCUGUAUAGAUCCACAUUUGCACUGCAGCAGUGCUGUCCUGGAGCUUCACACAUUGAUUUAAUUUCCUUCCUGUCUGAAUUCGUUUCGUUUCACACCAUUUGUCUAUUUGUCCCUCCAGCAGUCCGUUGCUCUUCUCCGUUCUUGUCACUUUCUCAGAGAACCGCAGUGCCUCGUCUCAUCUUCGCAGUGAAGAACGCGUCUCAUUCUACAGCAACUUUUUUACUUCCCUAUAUGGACCAGAAAGAAAAGCUAAAAUAUGUCCGUGCAUAACGGUUUUUGUUAACCGAAACUCUGUGUGCAGUUAUCUACGUUAAAAAGUUGGGCCGCUCACACAGAAGGCAUUUUUGCAUUCCACUGCGCUGCUUUUCCAGUGUUUUUGUAUGUAAACAUGCGCUACAUGGAUGUCUUUGACUUGAGUGUUUUACUGCAUCUAAAAAUGUAGCGCUCAAGUUAAAACUUUAAAGGUCUCGAGACCUUGGUGUCCAUUCCACUGCCCUGCGUCUCGCGUUUUUAACAACAAAAAUGCAUUCUGUGUAAUCAAGCCCUAACGGUGCGGUCAUAUUAAUGAAAUUUUGCAGGGAAAAAACAGUUGCAUCGCUCACACAGAAGUCACUUUCAAACCAAGCAGCUUUCUGUUGGUCAAAGUGGCGAAUUCGUGUGACCAACUCAAACACAAGUGAAAUCUGUGAGAGGAAAUUUUUACCUUCAAGUGAAACUCCUCAUCGCUCGAAUGCCUAUUGAAAUGACUGGAUUGCGCCUGUGAAAUUUUAUCGAGCAAUGGGUAAAUGUAAACAUAGCUUGUUUCUGCCACUGAAUAAAAAAUAAAAAUUGUAAUUGCGACUUUUUAUCUUGCAAUUCUGACUUCAGAAUUGCGUGAUAUAAACUCAAAAUUCUGAGAAAUAAAGUCGUCUUUUUUCCUCAGAAUUGGGCUUUAUAACUCGCAAUUGAAAGUUUAUAUUUCUCAAUUGUGAGAAAAGAAGUUAGAAUUGCGAGAUACAAACUCACAAUGACUUGAAAAAUGUCAAAAUUGUGAGAAAAAAGUCAAUUGCAAGAUAUAAACUUACAAUUAUUUGAAAAAAAAAUCAAAAUUGUGAGGAAAAAGUCAAUUGCGAAAUACCUGAAAAAAGUCAAAAUUUUGAGAAGUCAAUUGUGAGAUAUAAACGCAAUUGAAAAAAGUAAAAAUUGUGAGAAAAGUCAAUUGCAAGAUAUAAAUGCAAUUACUUGAAAAAAGUCAAAAUUGUGAGGGAAAAAGUCAACUGCGAGAUAUAAACUAAAUUGUGAGAUAUAAACUCGCAAUUACUUGAAAACAGUUAAAAUUGUGAAAAAAUUCAAUUGCGCGAUAUAAACACACAGUUACUUGAAAAAAGUCAAAAUUGUGAAAAAAAAAAAAGUCAAUUGCGAGAUAUAAACUAAAUUGUGAGAUAUAAACUCGCAAAUACUUGAAAAAAGUCAAAAUUGUGAAAAAAUUCAAUUGCGAGAUAUAAACUCGCAAUUACUUGAAAAAAGUCAAAAUUGUUAAAAAAGUCAAUUGCGAGAUAUAAACUCACAGUUACCUUAAAAGUCAGAAUUGUGAAACUUUAUAACUUGCAAUUAUCUUUUGAAUAUUUUGUGGCGGAAACAAGCUUCUAUAGAACACACCUUCAAAUUUGUAAGAUUCAUUUUGUGCUUGUGUAAAGAGCCAUGUAAGUUUAAAAUAAAGCUAUGAAUUGGAUUUCCAUAAACAACGCCUACAACAUCUUCAGUGAAUUUCUUGUGAUGACGUGGUUUCAUUUUGCACGUCAUCAGCUUCACUGUUCUGAAGAUGUGAACAAUGAUGAGAUAUAACCUAUAUUGUUUCUUUUCACUUCAAAAAAUAACUUGGAAAUACCGUAUUGGAUUGAGACUUAAGCAAUGUUUUGAGAUGAUUCAUUUAAAAACAAUGCGGUUAAACUGCUGGAGGUCAUCGAGAUGCUAAUCGUUCCACCGCGUGUCGUUUCUCAUCUGAAUAAAGUUCAACGCUACUUAACUCUGUUGCUUCCUUAACAGUCGCCAAAAAAACAUUUGUCAUUGAAAAUGAAUGACUUUCGUCAUACUGUCGCUCAAAUCGCCGUCAACCUGAACGGCCCGUGUCACAUUCAAGCAAUGCCAGCUGUGUCCGUAAGCUUGUGCGACUCCUGCGCCCACUGUCCUGCAAAUGGAUGCACUUAAACUGUAAAGUUAUGUUUGUAACUGGAAACGUUGAAGCUUUGUAACCCUGUAAAUACCAGUCGCUUGACCGCGACACUCUGACGGCCCACCGCGGCAUUGUCUUGACUUUUGAUAAAUGCUUUUUAACGGCUCAGAUGUUGUACAUGCGUCUAGGUAUUAUGAACUACCUAGAUUAUUGUUCAUUGACAUUUAGUCUUUUUAUACUAAAGCAAAGGUAUCUUUAUUAAUAUAUAUAUAGCAGAUGUUGUGAAAUGAACGAGUUUUAUGUAGUGCAAUGUAAAUAUGGGGGAAGAUUUAUCAUCGAACGACACUUGCAUGGGAAUUAAUGUUGUGAUUUCCACAUUCCUUUUUCAUUCCCGCAGCGUGAGGACCUGCACACUUCGACCCCACAUGGAAUGAUAAACGGAGUGGCUGAUUAUCCCGAACAUUUCAUUGUGUUUGAUGGAAUUUUACUAAUGACGAAUCACCAAUUUUGUGUGUCAUAAUUAUGAUUUAGUAUGUCAUGGGCUCAUUUGACUCGGCUCAGCAAGCAGCCAAUAAGUAGUGACAUAACAAUUUCAUAGCUACACCCUAGCAACCAGUUACAACACCCUAGCAACCACUUACAUUGAACAAAGGUGAGAGGGAUACCUUUGGAUCAGAACAUCAUAGAGACAAGUGGGUGACCUCUUUUGACUCAGACUCGCAAGUACUCUUUAAAUAUCACCCUGGAAACUGUCUAGCCACACCCUAGCAACCAUUUAGAGCACCCUAGCAACUGUAUAGCAACAUGAAGUAGCCAUUUCUCAGCACCAGAACAUCAUAGAGACAUGAUGGUUGGCUUUUUUUAAUUGAUCAAACAUCUAGUCUGUUAGUAUCACCCUGGUAACUGUCAAGCCACACCCUAGCAACCAUUUAGAGCACCCUAGCAACCGUAUGGCAGCAUUAAGAAGCCAUAUCUCAGUAUCAGAGCAUCAUAGGGUCAUGAUGGUUGGCUUUUUUUAAUUGAUCAAACAUCUGGUCUGUUAGUAUCACCCUGGUAACUGUCAAGCCACACCCUAGCAACCAUUUAGAGCACCCUAGCAACCGUAUGGCAGCAUUAAGAAGCCAUAUCUCAGUAUCAGAGCAUCAUAGGGUCAUGAUGGUUGGCUUUUUUGAUUUGAUCAAACAUCUAGUCUGUUAGUAUCACCCUGGUAACUGUCUAGCCACACCCUAGCAACCAUAUGGCAGCAUGUAUAGGCCGUAUUUCAGCACCAGAACAUCGUAGAUAUAUAUGAUGGUUGACUCUAUUGAUUUGAGCAGUCAUUAUUACAUACUAUGUCCUAAUUAUGACAUUGAAAGUCAAUUAUGACAUACUAAGUCAAAUUUAUAACACACUAAGUCAAAUUAUGACAAAAUGUCAUAAUUAUGACAGAAAUUAUGACUAAGUCAUAAUUAUUACGCACUAAGUCAAAUUCACAUAAAAAGUCAUAAUUAUGACACAAGUCGAAAUUUUGACAUACUAAGUAAUAAUUAUGACAGCCAAAUAAUGACAAAAAGUCAUAAUUAUUACAUAAAAGGUAGAAAUUGACAUUCAGUCAUAUUUAUGACACACCAAGUCAAAUUGUGACCAAAAAGUCAAAAUUGACAGUCAUAAUUCUGACAUAAAAUGACAUAAUCAUGACAGAAAGUCAAAAUUGAUAUUCAUAAUUAUUACAUUCAAAGUCAUGACAUGUCGGAAUUUUGACAGUCAAAAUUAUGACAAAAAUUCAUAACUAUGAAUUAAAAAAAACAUUGAGAGUCAUAUUUUCGACUUUUUAUUUCAUAAUUUUGAAUUAUGUCAAUUAGGACUUGUGGUGUCAAUUUUUUUGUGUCAUAAUUAUGACUUUUAAUCUGAUAAUUAAGAUGUACCAAAGCAUGUUUUUUUCUUUUGUGACAGAAAUGGGCUUCCAUACAUAUGACCUAAGUGAUGAUUUAUGCCAUAAAGCAGGAUAUUGUAAACGUCUGAUCUCAUGAAGAUGAUUUUUGAUCAGCUCUCGGGGUGCUUGAGGUCCUCAAAUGAUGUACUGUACUGUGAUCCCUGAGGUCUCAGGUAAAGAAUAGGGGUACUGAUGAUUUAGAUCAUCAACAACUGCCUGUGACACAAAUCCAGCCAGAUUCUCUGUCUCUCUCGUGGCUGUAAGAUGCACUCCCUGCUGUCACACUGUCAGGACAUUUUCGAAAAUUAGUAAUUAAUACAGUAAAACAUGUUUUGUGUGCAUCGUUUCGUUUUAAAUUCUUGUUUUGUGUCUGCCCAGUUAUUUUUAGAGCAGUUCAUAUGAUUUGGCAUGUCAAUGUGAUGUUUAAAUCCCAACAGAAUGGACUGAAUUCAUCCUCCACCUCAUUCACUUGUUAGUACGCUUGUGUUCGGACAUUUCUGAUUCAUUCAUCACACUGGAAAUGGAAGGUCAAGCGCAUUGCAUUGCAUAUGUGUGCUUUUGUUGUAUACUGCACAUGUAUGCAUACAGAUAAUUUACAUAACAUAUGCAUACUAUUACUGCAGUAUACAGUUAGUAUGCUAUUCAGAUGUCUUUCAGGUGCCUUAGAUCCAGAUUGUAAGAAACUGCAUGACAUGGAAAAAUCUGUAACUGUUUUAUUAAGUAUCAAAUCAAGUGUUAUUUCAGGCAAGUUCACAAUAUUCCCAAGAAGAUUUUUUGUUGUUGUUGUUUUUUGUCUUUUAAUAUUUGCUGAUGAAGCAAACAUAUACAUAAAGUAUUACGUUUUUUUUUUUUUCCUCUCUCUUUUUUUUGGAUUAAAAUGAAAUGUUUGUCAGCAACUUUGCUUUUCUAUGGAGUGCUUGGUGUUUUUAUGUAGAAGGGAUUUUAACAAUGUCAUAUCAGGGAAUUGUGUCUCGGUCUUCCCCGUUAGUCGCUGUAGCUCAGGUCACAGUAAAGUACUGUUCUGCCUCUGACAGCGUCAUUUCUAAUAAAUGCUUGAUUUUAAGGAGCUGGUUGAUAUACACAUAUCUGUGACUUUAUUAGUUGAUGAUUAAUAUACUGCUGCUGCAAAAAGGCCUCAGUGGUGAUGUUUUUGUUCUUUGGCUUAAUAUAGACAAAUGUUUGAUAAAUGUAUAUCUAGUCCUGUCUCAAAAUAAAAUACAUCUUUGCAAAACUCAAA